GGUAUUCAGGCUUGUUCACUGAAGUGCCGGGCAGGGGAUAGUGACAAAUAGAACUGGCGAACAGAACUAGCGUUAUUGGCUUCCACAAAGGAGUAAAAAGAUCGGCGGAGAGAGAGACCCGCCUGGGCGGCUUCUGCACAUCUGCCCCCAAUCCUAAUGGGGAACAUGCUUGAUGGAAAUUAAAACCCCAAAUCCAUAGGAGACGCUGGAUCUUUACAAGGAGACGGUUGAGUUGUAUCUAGGAUGGGGGACGAGUUAUGUGAACACAUGGUUCCAGGGGAUGGAGCCCUGGCAGAUUGCUGCCAUCACAGUCAUGGCUACUCUGCUGGCAGUGUGGCUACAUGGCUUCCUCUUCAAACGGCAAAGUAUCUCCUCACGGUUAAGGAAGUUCUUCUUCAGGAUCAUAAGGAAAAUGCCGUUCUUUGCUGCUUCAAUACAGAAGAAACUUGACAAAGCACUCAGCGACCUGGCUUCAAGUGUCCUAACCCUAGAAGAUGGAAUGACAUAUGUCACGUCUUUACCGGCACAUGGGCUAACGGAGUCUGAUCUCCUCGCCAAGAUUAAAGAAUACACAACAAUGGGGGAAGUAUGUUGGGAAAAGGGCCAAGUCUCUGGCACCGUGUAUAGUGGCGAGGAACAACUCACAAAACUGAUGGUGAAGGUCUAUGGGGACUUUGCUUGGAGCAAUCCCCUCCACCCGGAUAUCUUCCCUGGAGUGCGAAAGAUGGAGGCAGAGGUUGUUCGGAUGUCUUGCACACUCUUCCAAGGGGGACCUGACUCCUGUGGAACGGUAACGUCUGGUGGAACCGAAAGCAUCCUCAUGGCUUGCAAAGCCUACAGGGACCUUGGGCUCGAAAGGGGAGUGAAGUAUCCGGAAAUCGUCGCUCCAAUAAGUGCCCAUGCGGCUUUCGACAAGGCUGCCCAUUACUUUGGCAUGAAUAUAGUCCAUGUUCCUUUGGAUAAAGAGACAAUGCAGGUGGAUGUGAAGGCCAUGAAAAGAGCCAUUUCUCGGAACACCGUCAUGCUGGUCUGCUCUGCGCCUCAGUUUCCACAUGGAGUCAUGGACCCAGUCGAGCAGAUUGGCAAGCUGGCCCGGGAUUAUGAGAUCCCUCUGCACGUGGAUGCCUGCCUGGGGGGCUUUCUUAUAGUCUUCAUGGAGAAGGCUGGUUAUUCUCUACCACCCUUCGAUUUCCGCGUUAAGGGAGUGACGAGCAUCUCGGCUGAUACGCACAAGUACGGAUAUGCCCCCAAAGGUUCAUCAGUUGUACUAUACAGCGACAAGAAAUAUCGACACUACCAGUUCUUUGUCGCCCCAGACUGGCAGGGAGGUAUCUAUGCAUCACCCACGAUCGCAGGGUCGAGACCAGGUGGGAUCAUUGCUGCUUGCUGGGCAACGAUGAUGUACAAGGGCGAAGAUGGUUACGUGAAGGCUACAAAGAAGAUAAUUGAUACGGCACGACACAUUAUAGCUCAUUUAAAGAAAAUAAAGGAAAUCUUCAUCUUUGGAAAGCCUGAAGUAUCCGUUGUAGCCAUUGGCUCGGACAUUUUUGAUAUAUUCCGAUUAUCAAAUGCAAUGACAUCUAAAGGGUGGAACCUCAACACCUUGCAGUUCCCUUCCAGCAUUCACAUAUGUGUGACGCUCCUGCACACCAGGGGCAGUGUGGCUGACCGGUUUGUGGGGGAUGUUCGUCAGAGCGUGGCUGAAAUAAUGAAAAACCCAGCGGAGAAGACAACUGGGCGGGGUGCGAUCUACGGGAUGGCGCAGUCGAUUCCUGAUCGCUCUCUGGUGACAGAAAUCUCCCAUGGAUUCCUGGACUGCCUCUACAGCACCGAACUUCCCAAUAACGAGAAAAGCCACAUGAAUGGAGACUCGACAAAACACUGAAGAGCACAAAUUAACUUUUUAAAAGAGAAAGGAAAUCAUGGAUUGCGUAGCAAGAGAAAGUUUUAGCAGACAGCUGAGGUGUCCAGAACCAAAUUCUAUUCCUUGCUUUUUGCAGGCAUUUAAAAAUCUGGGAAUAUAUAAUUGGAUAAGGUGGGGUUAAUUUUGUUGUUUUUUAUUUGUUUUUCAUUUGCCACUUCUGAAUCCCAAAAAGCCUUGACUUUGUACUUUUUUUUAAUGUUAUAUCGAAAAUAAUUUCUUUGGCCUGUGAACUGUGUAAUAUUCAAAUGCAAAAUUGAAUAUUUUUUGUUUUUAAGAAAAAAAAAGGGAAUUCGCAGAUUUAUUUGAUGAGAAUGUUCAAAUGGUCAGAGCACUGGUUUCAAUUGUCGACUGAUUUGCCAAGGAUUUGGAGGGAAGUGGCAAUUCACCUUGAUGCCUUUCUAAACUUUCUUUCACAUGAAAUGUCUUGGCAAAAUCUUUCUCGAAGGAGCAAAUUGUAUGUCUGGUCACUUCUGGUCAUUCUUGCUGUAAGCCCGGAGUACUGGGUAGUGCUUAGAGUGAUGGGGAGGGAUGUUGGUACCCGGAGCAGAAGGAGGGAAUGAUGAAUGUGUGCUGCUCACCUGUAGACAGGUAAAGGCCCAUCUGGUUGAGGCAGCUUACCACAGAGCAGGUGUCCUGGAAUGGCAGUCGCUGUUUGGUUCUAUUCACAUUGCAAUUGUAUUUGACAUUGCAAUAGAAUCUGACCUUUUGAGGGAACUGUGACCUUGUGAAUUGAUGUGACAAUGGCAGGGGUUAGUUACUGAGCUCAUCAUUCAUGUUCGUAACCAAGUCACUCUUGAUGUACAUUUACAGCUCACUCGUACUGUUUGAACGUUCGCUGGUUGCAUUUCGCUGGCCCCAUGUUUCCACGUAAUCCUGGAACGAGCAACUUCGCCUUCACCCUCAACCAACAUACGGUUUUAAACUCUAAAUAAGACAACUGUUAUAAUUACUGACAGACCGGAGACUGGCUUCUCCGCUGCCUUGGAAAUUUCAUUCUUGCACUAUUGCUGUGCAAUUUUGUAAUCUGAUUGUUGACAUCAAUCAGAUAUUCGGACAAGGAUGUGAUUUUAUUUUUUCACAGAAGUGACACCCAACUUGCUCCUUUGAGACUGCGUGAAUUCUUUCUUUCAGUGUCCCCCAUUGUUGAAGUUGGUGGUUUGAAAUAUUUCAGAGCGUGUCAUAGAGUCUGUGUUUCACUUGUGUUGGUGUCAGUGUUUUUGGAUUCUUCCAUUGCUUACUUACUUGUGGCAGGGUCUAAGACUGCAUCUGACUGUUAGUGAUGCCUUCAGAUACUGUACUACCUGCAGCAAGUGCUCGAGCUGUAACUCUCCAUGUUGCACACCAGUGCAUGCUUUAUCAGGGAGCAUAUGAGUAAUAGUGGCAAGAUUUUAACGGUACUUUAGUGCUAUCUUUAAAAACAGGCUUGAUUUGUACUAAUUCUUGAACAUAAUCAAUUUUUCUCCUGGUACACAGCAGUACAAAUUCCACUCUAGCAUUUUUAUCUUUAACACAAUGUUCUGAUGCACUCCCCAAAGUCACCUGCCAGUGGAACUCCUGCCACUUGUUGUCUCCCGUCCUUCCACGCUGUUAUUCAUGCAGUUAGAGACCUGAGGCAGGGAACUUGAAUAUGGAAACUUGAAGGAGCAUGACGCUCCACGAAAUGCCCCCACCCCUCCCUGGGUUGAACUGUGAAAUGCUGGCAAUGUCGGGUUAUAAACCAGUGUCCACUGGGCAAAGCACAUAUACUCUGCCCCACUCUAUUUGCCCACAAUGUGAGCUCCACAGGUUCUGAGCAAUGCAGGCAGUGAAGACCAGGCACACCAAGUUCCUGCAGAGGCAUCGUUCACAGCAGUCAAUGGAAGCUUCACCACUUGCCCCCAUCUAUCAGUGGCUCCAGGUAGGCUCAUUCUAUUCUCACUCUAGUCCCUUGUGAAUGGGCUGCAUCUUGUACUUGUCAGGUGUUUCUAUGGGAAAUUUUUUGCAAUGAUUUCUGAUUUAAAAAAAAUAUAUACAUUGGCCUCUAUAAUGUUUGGGACAAAGACUCAUCAUUUAUUUAUUUGCCUCUGUUCUCCACAAUUGGAGAUUUGUAAUAGAAAGAAAAAAUCACAUGGUUAAAGUGCACAUUGUCAGAUUUUAAUAAAGGCCAUUUUUAUACAUUUUGGUUUCACCAUGUAGAAAUUACAGCAGUGUUUAUACAUAGUCCCCCCCCCCCCCCCCCCCCCCCCAUCUCAGGGCACCAUAAUGUUUGGGACAGAGCAAUGUCAUGUAAAUGAAAGUAAUCAUGUUUUGUGUUUUGUUGCAUGCAAUGACUGCUUGAAGUCUGCGAUUCAUGGACAUCACCAGUUGCUGGAUGUCUUCUCUGGUGAUGCUCUACCAGGCCUGUAAUGAAUUGAAUUGAAUACUUUAUUUGUCAUUCAGACCUUUCGGUCUGAACGAAAUGUCGUUGCAGCCAUCUUUAGAUUAGGCUUGUUUUGACGACUAGUCCCCUUCAGUUUUCUCUUCAGCAUAUAAAAGUCAUGCUCUAUUGGGUUCAGGUCAAGUGAUUGACUUGGUCAUUCAAAAAUUGACAAUUUUUUAGCUUUGAAAAACUCCUAUGCUGCUUUAGCAGUCUUUUUGGAAUCAUUGGCUUGCUGUAGAAUGAACCGCCGGCCAAUGAGUUUUGAGGCAUUUUUCUGAACUUGAGCAGAUAGGAUGUGUCUAUACACAUCAGAAUUCAUUAUGCUACUACCUUCAGCAGUUGUAUCAUCAAUGAAGAUAAGUGAGCCAGUACCUUCAGCAGCCAUACAUGCCCAGGCCAUAACACCCCCACCACUGUGUUUCACAGAUGAGGUGGUGUGCUCUGGAUCUUUGGCAGUUCCUUCUCCGUACUUUGCUCUUGCCAUCACUGAUAUGUUAAUCUUCGUCUAAUCUGUCUCCCAAGACAUUUUUCCAGAACUGUGGUUGCUCUUUUAAGUACUUCUUGGUAAACUGUAACCUGGCCAUCUUAUUUUUGCGGCUAACCAGUGGUUUGCAUCUUGCAGUGUAGCCUCAGUAUUUCUGUUCAUAAAGUCUACUGCGGACAGUGGCCAUUGACAAAUCCAUACCUGACUCCUGAAGAGUGUUUCUGAUCUGUCGGACAGGUGUUUGAGGAUUUUUCUUCUAGAGAAUUCUAUAGAGAAUUCUUCUGUCAUCAGCUGUGGAGGUCUUCCUUGCCCUGCCAGUCCCUUUGCGAUUAGUAAGCUCACCAGUGCUCUCUUUCUUCUUAAUGAUAUUCCAAACAGUUGAUUUUGGUAAGCCUAAUCUGAUGCCUCUAACAGUUGAUGCCUCUAACAGUUUUAUUCUUGUUUCUCAGUCUCAUAAUGGCUUCUUUGACUUUCAUUGCCACAACUUUGGUCCUCGUGUUGAUAAACAGCAAAACGUUUCCAAAGGUGAUGGAAAGUCUAGGAGCUGAGAGUUAUCAUAAGGAGGCAUUUAAACAUCCCCGAGCAAUUAGAAACACCAGUGAAGCCAUGAGUCCCAAACAUUAUGGUGCAUUGAAAUCGGGGGACUAUGUAUAAACACAGCUGUAAUUUCUACAUGGUGAAAGCAAAAUGUAUAAAAAAUUAUCUUUAUUCAAAUCUGACAAUGUGCACUUUAACCACUUGAUUUUUUUUCUAUCACAAAUCUCAAAUUGUGGAGUACAGAGGCAAAUAAAUAAAUGAUGGGUCUUUGUCCCAAACAUUAUGGAGGGCACUGAUGGAGAGCCUUACUGUCGUGCAAAACAAACUGUUAUCAACAUUCCCUAGGUUUAAGCCAUAUCUAACACGCUCACAUUCCAGCCUUUAAGAGUUUGUAAAUGCAUUCCAUUGCCUUGCAGUUUUCCUGGUGCACACCCAAAGCAGUGUUGUAAGGGCCAGUGUGGCGAAUAAAUGCAAACUCUGCAUGUUGGGUUCCACUCGGGCUGCACCACUGUACUCUGCAGGUGGAAUUGACUGUUGAAUUCAUAAACUGAACCUAACUCUUUUGUCCAUUUCCCCUUGGCUUUGCUCUGCUGCGUGUUUGAAAAGCAGGGAGACAGUCCAUGAAAUCUUCCGCAUGAUGUGAAGAGGCAAGAUAUACCUCUUGCUCCUGCAAACCUGUCCCCACAUUUCAGUCCGGUUAAGCAACAGAUGCGUUGCAUGGUGCGUGGCGCCCUUUUUUUUAUUUUUCAUUUGAGUGCUUGUGUGGCACUGGUCUCCAUCUAAACCAUCUGACAACCCCGCUGAGGAGUGCUUGCCACAAGGUAGCCCAGGAUUGCCUAUUUUAAUUUAAUGCCAGUUUGUUUCUAGGUGGAGCAGAGCGAAUGUGUGUCUUGGGACAUUUGUAGUGACUGGAGGAGGCAAAUGCAGCAGCUAGUUUGUAUACAGCUGUGUUAACCCUGCACCUCUAUUACUGUUGGAAAAUCAUCCAAAUUAAUUUGGUGUAAUAUGUAUUAACGAGUUUGUAAUUGAUAUUUGGUAAUAAACUUAAUUUGUUGAAACUG